AUGGACGGCAGUAAUUCACCACGAUCACGGAUACCCACAAACAACUCAGCUAGCCGUCUCUCCAUCGAAGACACCAAGAAUGACGACGAUUUUCUAUUUGUGCGGUCGAGUAGCGCAAAUCUGUCUCGCAGCUCUUCCAAACUUGGCGCAUCUGGUGGUUUAGGCAUACGACAGACCUCUAUACACUCUUCUGGUUCAGCAUCACAAAGUGGAUUGCCUGGGCUGGGUGUUUUGGAACGAGCCUCAUCUGGUUACAGCCAAAGUACCAACGGCAAAGAUACUAGGGCCUUGUUGGGUGGUCAUCUGUUAUUCAAGGAUUUGGAAGCGGACUUUAUAAAUCUGUUGAGUAAUGCUAUGCAAGCUCGAUUAUACAAGGAAAAGCAAUUCAUCGUCAGAAAGGGUGAAAUUGCAAAGGCAAUGUUCUUUAUUGAAAGAGGCGAGGUCGAAGUCAUUUCAGAGGAUGGGGAAACUGUGAUUAACAUAAUGAAGGAAGGAUCAUUCUUCGGUGAAAUUGGGGUCCUGUUCUCUGUACCAAGAACGGCAAGCUGCAGAACACGAACACGGUGUAUCAUACGGAUAUUGACAAAGGAAGCGCUUUCGAAUCUUCUUAAAGAUUUCCCAAUCUCUGCCAAGGCUAUUGCACUUGUGGCCGAAGAGAGAUUUUCCAACUAUGUCAAACAGCAGGAUCAAAAUGUAGAAGUUGAAUUCUCAGAGGAGUUACAAGUCGGGAUCACAAAGAAUGAUUUACAAAAUAUACCGCUAUUCAGGAAUCUCGAAAUUGGGUUCCUUCACAUGUUAGCGAUGAAAUUAAAACCCGUCAAAUACCAACAAGACGAACGAAUAUUUACACAAGGAGACCUGGCAGCUGAAAUGUAUUUCGUCUGUCGUGGUCAAGCAGACGCGUAUGAUGAAUUAGAUCCCACCAAAUCAUAUGCCAAAUUCGGCCCAGGCACAUUUUUCGGUGAAGUGGGAUUGUUAUACAGCCAGAGGAGAACAGCAUCAGUUAGAACCACCAUGGAAACACUGGUUUUCAAACUCACCAAAGCAGAUUUGGAUGCUGUGCUGACCGAGUAUCCUGAAAUUAACGAUCGCAUUCAGGCCGAGGCCCGAAAGAGAAGUGACAUUAUCGAAGAGCGAACAAGAGCUCAACAACUCAACACUAAACAAGAAGCAGCUAUUGAUGUUGAUGCUAUGCGUGAGAGGCUGAAACAGAUUCCACUAUUCUCAGCUGGGUCAAUAAGUUUCCUACAUCAGCUCGCAUUGUCGUUGAAAGUUAAGGUUUUCGAGGCCGGAGAGCUAAUAAUCACUGCUGGUGAUGUCGGAAAUAGCAUGUUCAUUCUGGCUGAUGGAAUAGCGGAUGUUGUUGGAGGUCCAAAUAAUGAGAAGGUUUACGCCGAAUUACAAAACCAGUCCUUUUUCGGUGAAGUGGCACUAUUCUUCCAAGUUAGACGAACUGCAACUGUGAGAGCGCGUGUUAGAUGUACCACUCUCGAAUUAUCCAAGGAAGUUUUGCAAACAACAUUAUCAGAGCACCAGUCUGUGAGAGAAGCCGUCAGGAGGUCCGCUCAAGCCAAUUACGCACUGUAUCUCGAAAGACAAAAGCCUCUGGAUACUGCGGACUACAGUCUUGAAGUCGUUACCGGUCGAAUGCAAAAGAUUCCUGUAUUCUCGGAUUGUUCAUUGUCUGUAUUGAGAAGUUUGGCUGGUGUUAUGUCCCUGGAAACAUGGGCUGCUGGAUCCACUCCUAUAAGAAAGGGAGAUCUUGGAAGAGCCAUGUAUUGUAUAGUAAAGGGUGGAGCUCAAGUCGUUGGUGAAGACGGAACCGUCUAUGCAGAAUUGGGUCCUGGUUCUAUUCUUGGAGAGGUCGCUCUGCUCAAGAAUGUUCCACGAACUGAAAACAUCCAAGCAGUUGAAGAUACGGAUGUGUUACUUCUAUCGGCAGCUGCUUUGGAGCGUGUCAUGGCAGAAUUUCCGCAGGCACAUCGGUCAAUAGCUCUAGAAGCCGACAAGCGUUUCCAAAUCGCCCAAGCACGUAUCAAAAACCGACAAAUCAACUCUGCUCCCGUUGAACUGGGCGAGAAGGGUGUAAACAUACCAGGAAAGACGGGUGUGAAAUAUUAUAAUGCCGAACGAGUCCCACAUUCUGCCCAAAGGCCAGAUACUCCUCAAGCUACUACAUCCUCAUCCAUCAAGAGUUCGAUCGUUGAAAAGCCUUCUACUACUAUUGACAUACCAGUACACGGCAGAUCCCAAACUGAAAAGUCUACCAGAUCUACCGCCUCUCAGAAAAAGAGCAAAUUCAAACGUAUGCUCUCAUCCAUGUUUUGUCGUAAAUCAAAAGUGGAUGUUUUUGAAGUAGUACCUGGCAAGGAGGAGCCUCCUGCCAAAGAAAGGACCAAAGAGCCAUCAGUCGUCCCGUUAAACAAGUCUGCUGUAAAGUCUACCGCCCUUUCGAGCCCCAGCGUCGUUGUCGACUCGGCUGUGAAAAUAGUGAAACCGAUAUUGCCCACUACAGGGCUUGUUCGUUUCACCACCCUUCCUGAAGUACUCUUAUCAGACGACAAGAUAUUGUGCCGUUUAGGUCUAUAUUUAGCACCUACAGAAAAGGGUCGAUUGCUACGUGUCAGUAAAGGAUGUGCAAAAAUUGCUUCAAACAAGUACUUUUGGGUAACAGCUGAUAUGCGAAAGCUAUUCCGAGUUGCCGAUGUUGGAUUGCUUUCCAGUCUCUUCUCCACAAAUGGAGGCACGCUACGAUAUCUGGAUAUAGGAGGAUGUUGGAUGAUUGGCGAUGUUGGUCUUCAGCUCAUUGCUCUCAAGUGCCCUGGUCUGGUCCAUUUACGUCUAUCCAACUGUUGGUCCAUCACCGACGAAGGGCUCCGUCUAUUAACGCGAAACUUGACCUUUUUGAACUCGUUGGAUAUUUCAUAUUGUGCUCAAGUCACGGGUACCGUAUUUGUCGAACACAAAUGGAGUCGUCUCCGAUCUUUGGAUAUUUCAUGCUGCAAGCAAAUCAGUGAUGAGAAUCUGGAGCGUUUGUUGAGUCGAACUAGUCGUUUGCUGGUCUUGAAGAUGAGACGUUGUACUCGAUUAACGGAAUAUGGUGUUUUCGUGGUGGCUCGUCAUUGUCGAGACUUGAUUCAUUUGGACUUGAGUGAUUCAGAUUAUGUAUCUGACAAGUGCCUCAAGUGGAUCUCAUCGUCUCUAAACCAACUGAAAUACCUCAAGCUCUCAUUCUGCAAGAGUGUAACGAACGCUGGAUUGAUGGACAUGUCAAACAACCCCAGUCCAUACGAAUACCUCUCCUUUGCAUUCUGUUGCCAAUUGACCGACUCUGGAGUAAUGGCUCUGAACAACAUCCGAAACGUACGAUCCUUGUCAUUCCGAGGCUGCCACAAGGUCUCUGAUGCAGCGGUCCCUUACAUAAUUCAAAAUGCUCCUGGAGUCAGACACGUCGAUCUGACAGCAUGCCCACUCAUCACGAGCUAUGCAGCCAAGAAAUUGCGAUCAGGACUACCCAAAGUAGUAGUCAAGCACGACGUUACCCGAGAUGCCCGCGGUAUCAAGGAACCGGCAGUUCGAGCUACCGAGGUUCCGUUGACGGCUGUAUUCACUUCUCUCCCGAAGUUUCCCCCAUCUGCACCUUCAUCACCUUCCUCUAGUCGGAGAGGCAAGAAACGAAAUGUCUCUAUGCACUAG